AUGGCCUUCAGAGGUCCUGAUCCCUACCUCCCGGCAUCCCUGUUGAGCCAGAGACUGAAGGCUGGAGAGAAGACACUGGACCUGGAAUUUGAGAUCUUGAGUGUGGGAUUUAACGAGGAGGGCCGGUAUGCCCUGAGGCUGUCAGCUGAGAACCCACUGCAGGCGGGCUCCAGUGCUGGAGUGCAGUUACAAGUCAACGAUGGGGAACCCCUUCCAGCCUGCUCAGCUGUCACUGAGGUCAUUGAGCAGCAGGAUCCUGGCCAGAGCCUCGCCUUCACCAGGAACAAAUUUAUCUUUACUUUGCCCAAAGGGUUCUGUAAGAAUGAUGGGCAGAGCGAUGCACACCUGCGUGUGGAGGCUCUGAGGCUGAAUGGAUCCUCAGGACAGGUGGCUCAGAAGGUAGGUGAGGCCAUCUUCCCCAUCUACCCACGGCCAGAUGAGCCCCGAAUGAACCUCACAGCACAGGAUCAUGAAGAUCUGUACCGCUAUUGUGGCAACCUGGCUCUUCUCCGGGCCAGUGAGGACCCCACAGCCCGCCACUGUGGGGGCCUGGCAUACAGUGUGGCCUUCCAUGUGCACAGGGCCCCUCGGUCCUCUGCCUCAAACUGCCGUCUGGAGCCCAGCCAACCAGAGCUACAGACUUCGAGGGAGGUCCUGAGUGACAAGGCAGAAGUCUCUUCUGUGAAUCCAUCCAGCAUGGACAGACACCAGGAGGGGCUCAGCUGGGAAGCAGGACCCUGUCAGCAUCAGGCUGAGGUUCCUGAAGAACCACAGGACCGCCUGGAUACUUCUCUGGACCCAUAUCCUGACACCAACUACCUGGCUCCCUGUAAUAAGGAGACUGUCACGGUCACUCUGCAUGGAGCUACCAACCUUCCUGCCUGCAAGGAUGGCUCUGAACCGUGGCCCUACGUGGUGGUAAAAACCACAUCAAAGGAAGCCAACAGCCACAGCCCUCAAGCAAGGACCUCUGUGACCUCAGAACCCACCAGAGCCCCCAUCUGGGGGGACACAGUGAAUGUGGAGAUCCAGGCAGAGGACACAGGACGAGAAGAUGUGACCCUCAAGGUGAUGGACAGCAAUAAGAAGGAGGAGCUGGUGUCCUAUGAAAUCCCCAUUAAAUACCUACGCGUCUUCCACCCAUACCACUUUGAGUUAAAAAAGGUCUUUCUUCGAGGAGUCAAUGAGCCCUUAGUCAACAACCCCAACCCCAUGGUGGUAGUUGCUCGGGUAGUUCCCAGCUAUACUGAGUUUAAGGCCAGGAAGGCCAGGCAGGACCCUGCCUCUGUGGGGCUGCCCCUCACCCAGGUUUCUUUCCCUAUCUCAUCGCCAAUGAACUUUGACGUGCCUCGGGUCAGCCAGAACGGGUGUCCUCAGUUGUCCAAGCCCGGGGGACCCGCGGAGCAGCCCUUGUGGAACCAGUCCUUCCUCUUCCUAGGCCGAGAUGGAGCCACCAGUUUCUCAGAGGAUACAGCCCUGGUGCUGGAGUAUUACCCCUCUGCCUCAAUGAAAAGCAGCGAACCAUGGACCCUCAACCAGCCCCUGGGUGUCUCCGUGUUACCACUGAAGUCUCAUCUAUAUCGCAAGAUGUUGACAGGAAAAGGCUUGAAAGGGCUGCAAGUGGAGCGGCUCCCCAUCUUUAGGCCAGAAAACUUCUUGACACCAAACAACAGCAAGGCUCUGCCCACCCUCAACCCCAAGACCCUAGAUGAGAAUCUGGGUGCCAUCCAUGAGUCCUGGUCCGUGAGCUCCUUAGACUCCUCUCAGGAAGCAGAGGAGCUUCAGCCCCGCGAUGUGGAGAUGAACAAUUAGCGGGCCAUGCAGAAGAUGGCCGAGGACAUCCUGGCACUGAGGAAGCAGGCCAACAUUCUGGAGGAGGAGAACCGCAUGCUGAGGAGCCACCUGACCCAGCAGAGCAUAGAAGAGCAAAACAGAGCUGAAGAGGAGAACCUGGCAGUGUCCAUGAAGCAGAGGCUUCUACUGAAUGAACUGGAUAUGAAGAGGCUGCGAGACAGGGUGCAGCACCUGCAGAAUGAGCUGAUUCGGAAGAAUGAUAGAGAGAAGGAGCUGCUGCUUCUCUACCAGGCUCAGCAGCCACAGGCUGCCCAGCUGAGGCGGUACCAGGACAAGCUGCAGAAGAUGAAGGGCCUGGAGGACACUGUGCGGCACCAGGAGAAGGUGAUCGAGAAGAUGGAGCAGAUAUUGGAGGAAAGGCUCCAUGAGAGGAAGGAGCCAGCACCAUCAAACAGGCCACAGGGGAAGCCUAUCAUGGAUGCAUUUGCUCCCCAAGCCUCUGGCAUUCCCCUGGGCCCUGCAGGAGAGAACCUGGCUAUGGAUCUUUAUUCCAUGCUGCUGGCAGAAAACACGAGGCUGAGGACAGAGUUGGAAAAGAACCGUCAGCAGUCAGCUCCUAUCAUUCUGCAGCAGCAGGCCCUCCCGGUGGAUCCCAGGGAGUUGGGAGCAGGUGGAGACUUGGCAGAGAGGCUACAAGACACAAAUGGCCCAGGCCACUCCAAGUACACAGAGACCAUGCCAGCACAGGUGGGUGUCCUGGGAGGAUACAAACCCAGAGUCAAUAUUUGAAGUUAUGGUGGCGUGAGGACGCGGGAUUUCCUUGGUGGAACGUCAGACAAGUUUAGCCUCUUGGCCAAGCUAGAACAGGCUCAGAGUCGGAUUUUGUCCCUGGAAAACCAGCUGGAGGAGUCAGCUCGCCACUGGGCACGAGAGAAGCAAAACCUAGCCAUUCGGCUUCAGGAGCAACAACACGGCUUUGGACAGCCACCAAACUCCAUCAUUGUAGACCAGCCUAAUGCUGGAGCCAAGGAUCCUCAGCUGCCCUCCAAACCGGAAGCCUCCCUGCCCAGCUCAGAUGCAAAGCUCAUCAGACCCUCAAACUCCCAGACUGAGGGCUCUCACUCCCAGAAGACCUGAGACUGGAGCAGACCCCCUCCUCCAUGUGCUGGGGACUCACCCACCCCCAAAGAUGUCUU